AUGAAGUGUGCACGAUUAUUUUUCAUAAUUUUUAAUUUAAAACUAAUCUUCAGUUUACAAGUGAAGCCAUCUGCUCUGAGGAAACAAGAUGGUAGUUGUCUUAAGCUGUCGCAGCAUCCGUACUUUGAUUUAGAAAUGAUAGUGGGUAAACCAUGGCGCAUAUAUUAUACGUGGAACAUGAAAGUGGAUAAUAAAUGUUUGGAUAUGGUUUUUAAGAAUGCUACACAGACGAUCAUUCAACGAAUAUGGAACGACAUGUUUGAUUAUAUGGAACAGCAGCCCGUGUGGGACGCUGCGAUGCUGCUCGGAACAAUGGGUGCAUCUCGCCACGAGCUACUGUUGUUCGCAGAUCAAGGGCCUGCUGGCAGUUUAACUGCUAUACCGAACGUAAUACGGAAUGGCAACUUGACUCCAAUGAAAAAUGGCGUACCACUGCUCAAGUUCUUCAUAAAACUGGUGAAAGAAGGCAAGUUCCUAGUGAUGAUGGACUGCCAUAUGGGAGUUGGAUCCAUAUCCGCCAGAACUGAUAAUCCACCAUACCGCUCCGAGAUACUGAGUGCCGCAGCAGAGAUGGACUUAGGUGAUGGAUAUCCAGCUUGUAGUCGUGAUAAGAACAAUGAUGAACAAGUUCUUGUUAAAUAA